AUGCUGCCUGUUGACCUUGUUGUAGCAUGUCAUGACUGCGCCCGGAGACGCAUCUGCCAUGGCGAUCUGGAAGGGCAACAGAUGAACCUCGCACAGGGCUCGCUCGCUCAUGACAGCAUUGACGCUGAUUCUCUCAUGCUCCUGAUCACUUGUCGCGAAGUGCUUGAUGGUGGAUAUAACACCAAUCGACUGGGCACCUCGGAUAUAGGCGGCGACCAGUUUGCCGAUGGCAUAGAGAUCCUCUACGAGAGACUCGAAGCCUCUUCCCCCGAGAGGCGAUCGUUGAAUGCACACCGUGGGUCCCAGCCAGCAGUGAGCCCCUUUGGCCAGACACUCUUGGCCGAUGAGAACACCGGCUUCAUAAAGCAAAUCCUGGUCCCAAGUGGCAGCGAGGCCGGUGCCAUUGGGAAGGCAGGCAGCGCGAACGCCGUCGAAGAAUUUGGUUCCCCGAACUCCGUUGGGGCCGUCACUCACUCUGACGGAGGGAACGUUGAACCGCGGUCGGCUUGA